CAAGAGUUCCUUAUCAGCUGGUCGGCCGCCAUGUGGGCCUCCGGGCCUGCUGCGGCGGCGCGGCCGGUUGAGGCCGGGCUCGGCCCGGCCCGCGACGGCUGGCCGCCGACGAGCGCGCUCGCGCUGCUCGUCAAGAUGGCGGCGGUGGCGAUUGCGGCGACAAAAGUUCAGGCGUACAGCGCUCAGGCGUCUGUCGUCUGUCGUCUGUUGUCGCAUUUCGCACACGCGCACGCCGCGCGACCCGCGUCGCUCCGCGAGGGCAUGAGCCUUCCGCGAUUCGAACCCGCAGCCAAAAGCUGCUCGCUCGAACCGCGGCCGACUCCGCCACCGCGGCCGCAGCUGCUGAGCUCUCCAGAAAACUGGUGCCUCAUAUGCUGCCUCCCUGCGGAUGCUGCCGGCGAGCCUGGCGGUCCGCUGUACUACAAGGAAGUGCUGACUCGAUUUCUACUCGAAUUCUUCUACCCCCACGACUCGGAACGCGAAUGUGACAGGACCAUCGGGUCCUUCAGCCUCCAAAGCGGGAUCACCCGAGAGCAGCUGAGCCUGCCUCUGGCCUCGCCUCCCUCUCCUUCAGGCAUUCGUGGCAUCCUAUGGGUCGUCCAGAGUAUCGACCUCUGGCUUGUCAGCCGGUCACUUGAUGACGACCAUGAAGUACAGCGAUCGCCACCUCGCUGGCCUCUCCGCAAGGCCUCCCGACCGCGUCGAACUCACGGCGCGGGCUCUCUCGGCUACGGGACCGGCCCCAGCUUCGGCUGAGGGCUAACAAGCUGCCGAGCCCAAAUCACUGUGAGAGUCGUGAUUUCUUGUUGGUUAAUAAAAAUCUCUCUCGAAGGCUAAGCUC